CUGAGGCGGCUCUGGAUGGCGGUGGCGGCCAUCUUGGUUGAUGUGUCAGCUCCUUGUCCCUCACAGAAGCAGCGAGGACAUCCGCUCCGCUCCCUUGCCGGCUCGUUUCCGUCAGGAUUAAACAUGGGGAGGAGGACCGCUCCCAUCGCAACUGAUACUCUAAUUCCCAGCUUCCUGGCGAAUUGGUAAGAGCCUCUCUGCGCUGUUUAGUAUUCACGAACGGGGAUUAGUAUCGCUCCGUUGAGGGCGAUGGACGUGGAAGCUGUUACUAGGCAGAAGAGACGAGGCUCUUCCUAUUCUUGAUGAAAAGAUGGAUGAGCAGUUGCCGGAAGAGCAAACAACUUUAGAGACAGUUGACCCAUCAAAGACUGAUGAUAAAUCCUCCAGCUUAUCUACUGUUGAAGAAGAUGACAAAUUUCCGGAAAUUCAGGAUGGGCUACACAUAGAAAAAAAGGAAAUCCCUUUGGACAAAGAAAACAACCAAUUAAUGCUGGAUCCCUGUUCAGAGGCUACUGAGGCAAGUGGGGAUGGAGACAUACCUGAAGUGCAGCGUGUUCCAGACCUUAAAGGUGAUGAAGGUGGAUGUUCUAAACCUUUGGAAGCACAAAUAAAAGAACCCAAGAAAGUAGAUUGCUUACCUGAUGGAGAUAAUGAACAGCAGAUUUUAGAAACUGAUGGGACAAAUCCAUCCUUGACAGAUUUAUUGCACAAUCCUGUGAAAAGGACUUUUGGGGUCUGUUCAGAAAGCCCAUAUGACACAUAUUGUACUAAGAACCUUAUCUCUACUAUACAGAAUGCUUCCUCUCAGGAGGCUUUGUUGGAAGAAAUAGAGUCUGAACUUCUAUCAGCAGAUUUAUUGAAAGAUCAUAAACUUUCAAAUGGUAUGUGCAAGAAUGAAGCUACAUUGUCUGUAUUUGAAAAAUGCAUGCAAGACAAAUAUCUUCAGCAGGAGCACACGAUAAAGAACAGAUUGAUUAAAGAAAAUAAAAAGCAUCAGGAACUAAUUUUGGAGAUUUGUUCAGAAAAGGAUAAUUUAAGGGAUGAAUUGAAGAAAAGAACAGAAACAGAAAAACAACACCUCACCAUUAUUAAGCAGUUAGAGGUCAGAAUAGAGGACCUCCAAAAAGAAGUUAAAGCUGCUAAAGAUAAACUUGCAUCUCAAGAUGCUGCUGCAAAAAAUGCUAUACAGCAAUUGCACAAAGAAAUGGCCUUCCGUACAGAUCAGGCAAACAAGAAAUGUGAAGAAGCUCGCCAAGAAAAGGAAGCAAUGGUAAUGAAGUAUGUUAGAGGAGAAAAGGAAUCAUUAGACCUCCGGAAGGAAAAAGAAGUACUUGAAAGAAAAUUGCGAGAUGCAAAUAAAGAAAUCGAAAAGCACACCAACAAAAUCAAACAGCUUUCUCAGGAAAAAGCACGGCUGCAACAGCUCUUCGAAUCCAAGGAAAGUGAAGCCACCAGAAUGUCAAGAGAAAUAGAAAAAUUAAAAGAAGAAAUAAACUCUCAUGUGAUCAAAGUAAAAUGGGCCCAAAACAAACUGAAAGCUGAAAUGGAUUUACACAAGGACACUAAAGAUCGGCUUAAAGAGGCAACAACAAAGUUGACUCAAGCAAAAGAAGAAGCUGAUCAGAUACGAAGGAACUGCCAAGAAAUAAUAAAAACAUAUCAGGAAUCUGAAGAAAUCAAAUCAAAUGAAUUGGAUGUAAAACUUCGACUUACAAAAGGGGAACUGGAAAAACAUUUGCAGGAGAGAUCUGAUCAUCUAGAGAUUCAUCAUGCCAAAAUAAAAGAGCUUGAAGAUGUGAAGAGAACAUUUAAAGAGGGUAUGGAUGAGCUGCGAACACUGAGGACGAAGGUCAAGUGUCUGGAAGAUGAGCGAUUGAGAACAGAAGAUGAACUGUCAAAAUACAGAGAAAUAAUUAAUCGUCAGAAGGCUGAGAUUCAGAAUCUAUUAGACAAAGUUAAAAUUAUAGAUCAGCUGCAGGAUCAGCAUCAGAGGGAUGAACAAGAAAUUAACUCAUUGAAAGAAGAAGUGGACAGUCUCAACAAUCUGCUUAAUGACUUUCAAAAGGACAUUGAUGGCAGCCGGAAAAGAGAAUCUGAAUUACUGGUCUUCACUGAAAAGUUGACCACCAAGAAUGCCCAGUUACAGUCAGAAACAAAUUCCUUACAGGUGCAGCUUGAUAAGAUCACCUACAGUGAAAGAGAGUCACAGAAUCAGCUGGAAAUGGUUAAGCAAGCCAGAGAUGAACUGGCAAACAAAUUGCUAAAGGAAGAGGAGCUUCACAGAAACAAUGUUCAGGUGCUACAAACGGAACUGGCAUCUCAACAGAAAGCAUUAGCAGACCUAAACACUCAGGUUGAUGAAUUAAAAGAUGAGUUGGUUACUCAGAAACGAAAACAUGCAGCAAAUCUUAAGGACCUCACCAAGCAACUUCAACAAGCACGAAGAAAAUUGGAGCAGCUUGAAAAUGGCAACUAUGAUAAAGAAGUCAGCAGUAUGGGGAGUCGUUCUAGCUCAUCAGGAUCUCUUAAUGCACGAAGCAGUAACGAAGAUCGUUCCCCAGAAAACAGUGGCUCUUCAGUAGCUGUUGAUCAUUUUCCAGAAGUGGACAAGACUAUUUUGAUUGAGAGAAUAGUAAGACUACAGAAAGCACAUGCGAGGAAAAAUGAAAAGAUGGAAUUCAUGGAGGACCAUAUCAAACAGCUUGUGGAAGAAAUCCGAAAGAAAACCAAAAUAAUCCAAAGUUACAUUCUGCGGGAAGAAGCUGGCACCCUUUCAUCUGAGGCCUCCGACUUCAACAAAGUACAUUUAAGCAGACGUGGUGGGAUCAUGGCCUCUCUCUACACAUCACAUCCGGCAGACAGUGGGCUCACGUUAGAACUCUCCCUGGAGAUCAACAGGAAGCUUCAGGCAGUGCUGGAGGAUACCUUAUUGAAAAACAUUACCCUAAAGGAAAAUCUGCAAACACUAGGAACCGAAAUCGAACGCUUGAUUAAGCAGCAGCAUGAACUGGAACAGAGGGUGAAGCAGACAUAGCUGAGAGCAAACCCAAGAAGGCAGCAAAGGCAGGUGCUCCAAAUCCUGACAGUAUAGAAACCGGAUGUCUGCCAGCGUCUUCUGUCAAAUCCCAUGAAGCUUCAACAAAGCAAACUGACCUGUGCUUGUAAAAAAGGCUUUCCAAGACCACAGUCCCGGUGCCUGCUUUACCCAAAGUGAUGGAGAGUGUGCAUUUUUCUGACUAUCAUUUGCAUCCAUUUGCUUUUUAUGAAACACUUUAUCAGCACCUCCAACUUGUUCUUAUAUUUAAAGUGUGUGGGGGGGAACCUUUGUUUUUUUUAAAGUUAAGUUACCUUAUUAAUGAAGAAGUUUGAAAAAUGUAUGUAAUCCUGGUAGGUGCCCGAACCCACUCCCAUUCUAGGUGUGUGUUUGAAAUGAGUUACUUGUUGGACUUAUUAAAGUUACAGCCUACUGAAAUAUAGGUCCCCCCCUCCAAAUAUACAUUUAUUUUGGAUUUUUUAACUGCCAGAUUUUAUUUAUAUCAUGCAUUAAAAGGGCUUUACGAUAGACUGUUUUCUCUUAACUUUACAGUCUAAAGCAAUUUUACUAGUAAAAAGAUUUUUUUAUAAAAACCUUGUGAAUCCUUUAGGUUCAAAUUGGUUGUUUUUUUUUUAAUUAAAGAGAAUACACUGAACAGGAACACCCUUCUGUGUUUACUUGGCAUCAGCUGUUGAAACCUAGGCUUGGACUGGUUGGACUGAUUAACAAAACGCAUUAGAGAAUUGAGCUGAGAAUUGAGAGACAGCUCUGAACCUUAGAAACAGGUGUUGUAAAUUGAAAUGAAAGCAACAGUAGCAUGUGUGUGUUGCAGCAUAAACAGAGGCGACACAUUGCACUAUAUAUCUGUUCAAGUUGUGACACUGUUGUGGAUUCAAGGCAUAGAAUGGGGAAUUUGUUUGGACUCUUGAGUUGCAUAAAUCAUUUUCUUAGCAGUGAUAGCCUGACAACUUCUUAUUGAUUGAAGCAGAGCAAGAAGGAUUUUCCAAUAAUGGGAAACUAACACCGUUUGCAGUGGUUCUUAACCUGUGGUUCCCUAGAUGUUUUCGCCUUCAACUCCCAGAAAUCCUAACAGCUGGUAAACUGGUUGGGAUUUCCGGGAGUUGUAGACCAAAUCAACUAGGGACCCACAGGUUGAGAAUCACUGACCUAUUGUAUUCUUGACAACCAAUAGAAUAAUAAACAGUAAUAAUCCCUUCCUAUAAUUUGUAGCUGAGCAUUUGCCCCUGUACAAAUGAGUAAAGCAUUAGGGAUAAUUAAGUGUAUAAAGCUUGUGCAGAGAGACAGAAUGCUCAGUAAUGGUGAAAAGGAGGAAGAGGAGUUGAUGUGAGCUUUAGGACAUCACAUUAGAGUUCUGGGAUUUGUCCAAGACCUCCCUGAUUGAGCAGUUUAAAAGACCCUCCUUAAACUACAAACCCCAGAAUUCUGCAGGAGGCAGCAACAGCAUUUAAAGUGAAUAUACAAUCUAGUGCAGGCAGGCUACCAGCUGUUAGGAAUUGUGGCAGUUGAAGUCCAGAACACCUGGAGGGCUGAAAUUUUCCCAUGCCUGUUCUAGUUUGAUGAGGUCUGUUGCCUUGUCUCCUUCUCUCACUUUGACAAGCACUAGCGUGUAGUUAGGCCUCCAAGGAGAAACAGGGCAGCUGAAGGAGGCGCCAAAUUCUUAGGCUUGAAUGUCUUUCUCUUCCUUCUUUCAUUGUGGAGCAGUACAUGUUCAUGUUAGUACUUGUCCUGGUAUGAGAGUUAGGCACUUCUCCACUUCUUCCACUUCUCUUCCGCCCCACCCCUUUUCAGGAAGUUGAUGAUUAAUGUGAAUGUAUUGUCCUAACAAGAUUUUGAUUUACUUAGUUUAGCUUUUAAAAUAUGCCCUCUCCAGAAGCAAAACUCUCAAAUCAUGUGUGUCACCUUUUUUAAAAACUCUGUAAGACUAACAUGCAUUUUCCCCUUGAAUUUAGUUCCCUUUUACCUCCCAAAUUGGAAAACUAAAACCACCUCUACUGUGGGGCAGGAACCCUGAGAGGACAACAACUUGUUUCAAGCUAUUGUACUCCUUUGAUUAUUCAUUCUUAAGUAGAAAGCACUGCUUGAAUUGCUUACACAAUUCCAUACGACUCUAUCCCUCUUCUCUGCAUUUAUUUGCACUCCGAGAAAAUGCUUUUGAGGGCAGAACUAAUCAAUUCAUUGUAUAAAUAUGUAGAUAAUGCUAGAGUUUGUAUUUUUUUAAAAGCCAUGCCUUUCAUAGUUAUCUGAGAGUAUGAUACAUGUGUACAGUAGGAACAUUAGAAUAAGCAAAAUAUGCUUACCUUCCACUUCAUACUAUUUAAUUGUACCCCUGGGUUAUUUACACAUGCCAGGGGCAGAGAAUACUGCUUGCUAUUGUAUAUAAGGAGCCCCCAGAUGGCGUAGUGGACUAAGUGACUUGAAGGUUGGGUUGCUGACCUGAAAGCUGCCAGGUUCGAAUCCCACCUGGGGAGAGUGUGGAUGAGCUCCCUCUAUCAGCUCCAGCUCCAUGCGGGGACAUGAGAGAAGCCUCCCACAAGGAUGGUAAAAACAUCAAAACAUCCGGGCGUCCCCUGGGCAACGUCCUUGCAGAUGGCCAAUUCUCUCACUCCAGAAGCAACUCCGGUUGCUCCUGACACGAAAAAAAAAUGUAUAUAAGGAAUUCAGACGGCAGCCUUAUGCCCUCUUAACUUGAAAUAAACACCAUUGAGCUCAGUAGGAUUUGCUUUUCAGCAAACAUGCAUAGGAUUGCACAUUAGACUUUCAUAUUCAUUGUGUAUAAAUUAGGACAGAGAGAACUUGAAAGUCUAUAAAUGUGCAGAUUUGUUUUCAUUUCAGUCAUUACUUCUACUCAAAUAAUACCAACUUUAAGGAUUGGGAUUUAAAGAAGGGAUUGCAUGUAAAAAUAGGUUUUUCAGUUUUGUGUUACAGGAUUGUAUUUAUUUUUGGAGUGGCAGGCACAUCACUGAGCCUAGUAAAUUUUCCUUAUGAGCCAGAUUCCUAUUUCAAAAAUCAUAGGCAUGUAAUUGCAUUGAGGCUAGUAAGAAUGCAUCCAGGGAAAUAUAUAUACUAUGUGUGUGUGUGUGUGUGUGUGUGUGUGUGUGUGUGUGUGUGUGUGUAUAAAGAGGGGCGGGGGGGAAACACAACCGGAAUCCAGGCAGGGAUGAUCAGAUGAACCAUCAGCCAGAUGGAUGGUGAGGGAAUGAAUGAAUAAAGAAUGAAUGAACCAAUAAAGAAGUAUGCUAUUGCCCACAGUUUCUCCAGCAGUUUUCAAUGUUAUCAGCUUUUCUUCAUAUGAAAGUGCUUCAUUAUAGCACAUAUCUAGGUGUGCACGUUUGUCCUUGCUGUGUGCCGAUAAGUGAAAAUGCAGGAAAAACAAUAGAAUGAUUCAAUUUUUGGCAAUAUGUUUUUACCUUUAUAACAACAGAGAAGUGUAGAUUGUGGCACCAUAACUUGGUAACUUGCAUUGAUUUUCAAUGCAUUUUCUGUACCAUAUCACCGUUUUUAAAAACUUAGGCUUGCACAAAAUAUUUCUGCUCAAGUGUUUUCUGAUGGGAAUAGAGUGUAGUUUUGAUUCAAAGCAACUCUGUGCUUUGAAAAAUAAGUGGCGCAUUCCUGGAUUUUUGCUGGGUUUUUUAAUACAUGCACUUUAAAAUUUCUGAAAGGCCACUAAAUAAGAUGACUUGAAAUUGAGUUUCCUAAUAAAAGAAAAUUAAAUGCAACCAUAUGAGAUAGCAGUUUAGACUGGCAAACAAGGGUUAAUGCUGCCUCUGUGUUAGAAUCACAAUCAUAUCACACUCAUGUGCACACAUCAGUCACUAGUCAUCUUCUGUUAUGCAUUGAAAAUGCCCCUGGGACUAGUAUUAUGAAGAGCAUUUUGGAUUUCAACUCCCAGAAACCUCAGCCAGGAAGGCCAUUGCUCAAACCAAGGGAUUCUGGUAGCUGAAAGUCUAAAACAGGCAGUAUCAGUUUGUCCCAACACUACAAUACCUAAAGAUGGUGAUCUGCAACAGUCCAGAAAUGUGUCCUUGUGUGACAGUAGUCCUCUGAAGGCCAUUUUGGAUUUCAUUUCGAUUUUCUAAUGACACACCCUUGUUUCACCUCUCCUGAUGCUGAGCUGUGUGUUGUAGGAAACAAAACAGUCCUUAUUUGUGUCUUAGUUCUGUUCCAGAAGUAAGAAUGGAGUAUGCCACAUUUGUUUCAUCUUUUAUAACUAGAAUUAUAGGGAGACAGUUUGCAAAUGGAUAUUUAUUCCCUUGCUAUGCUUCGCAAACUAAAUUUCCUCUGUGAGCAAAGGGACAAGAAAUUCCCUUUUUUCUGUUUGUUUUUUCCUUAACUUCCUAUUUCUUCUAUUUUUUUCAUCUUUAUAUUCCUUUUGUCUUUUCUCUCCCACCUUUUUUCUCUUCAGAGACAUUUUUCUUUUUAACUCCUAGUUUUUGCUUCAUGGUAUCCCCCUAAGAACUGUGCUAAUAUUCAAGGAUAUGUGAUUUCUAUGAAUAAUUUUUUAAAAGUCAGAAUUCUACACUAUGGUAAUGUGUGUUCCAAGAAAAGCUACAGUCUGUAAAUUCUGGAAAAAAAUUUGGGGGAAUAAUUCACUGUAGUUCUGUAAAGGAGCUUUGUAGACCUAUUCUAACGCAAUGAUUUCCAAACUUUGGUCUUCCAGAUGUUUUGAAUUUCUUCCUCCACAAUUCCUGACUGUUGGUCAAGCUGUCUAGGGCUUAGGAGAGUUGAAGUCCAAAAGCUCUGUAGGACUAGAGUUUGGGGAUCACUGUUCUAGCAGAUAAAAAUGUUUUUCCGCCCUUUAUCUUACCCAUGUUCUGAACAACUGCUAUUAGGCAUUGUCCUGAACUUGCUAACCCAGCUUUGCAACCUUGAGGACUAUAAACUUUAGUUCUGUUGAAAGAAGAGUUCUUGUCAUUCUUGCAUAUUCUAUGUUUGCACUGAAUGUUUGACUGUAUGCAGCUCUGUCAAUAUUGAGCUGCUUCAACACCAUACAAGUGCCUACCUCCUUGUCUGCAUUUGUGUAACUGACAAUGUACUUACUUAGAGGUAGAUUUACUGUCAGCUGAGGACAUAUCAGAGCACUUUUCUAUUCAAAGAGAAAAGAGAAUGCUAAUCAACUUAAGAACACUGACUUGUGUUUGCAUGUAUGGGCAUAGUCCAUGGAAUUUCAGUGCAUGAAUAACUGCUGAUUCACAAAAAUGUGUGCAUCACUUGAUUUCUCAUCUUCUGAUUACACCUGAGGUUUUUUGAAUGACUGGUUUGAAAAAUAUAGUGUUUCACAUGAAGCUGGCUAAUCAUUCUAGCUUCAUAUUGAAUCUGGUAACAAUAACAGUGAUAAAUGGCAAUUAAUCACUUGAUGUUUCCAAAGAUGUUAAUAGCUGUUCUUUAGUUACCAAGGACUACUUUCCUUAAAAUAUAGAAGAAACAAAUCAGGAAGAACAGAAAGGCAUACUCUUAAAAUUAUUUUUGUCUGUAGAGUGGUAAUUUCCAUGAUAUUGACCUCUCAAAAGGUGUUCUAUGUUCAUCAUUAAUUCUGUGAUUAUUUUAGUUAAAUUGGUUCCUGAAACAAAGUGGGUGCACUCACAUCUCAAUUUUCUCUCCAUUCCAUAAUAUUGUCUGAGAUUACACAACCUGCUGUGUAUUUUACUUGUAUUUUAUUCAUAAUCAUUGAAAUGCAAGGUGGUUUAAUGUUGUGUAGACAACAGUAGGUGGUGCUAGAAAACUCUUUUUGAGACUUCUAGCCCCCAAAAAUGUGAGGGGAGAUGUUACCAUAUCUAUGUGAAUCUAUUUGAAUCACAGAAUUGUUUUCACAACAAAAUAAUUUUAUUUAUUGAUUUUAUGUGCUGAUAUUUUCACUAUGUCCAAUCUUCCAUUUGUAUGUAUAUGUAUUAAGAUAAACAUUAUGUAAAAUAAUGACUUGUUGAUUUAUAUUAUGUAGAUAUUCCUGUACAAAUGAAGAUUCCCAAAUCCUGAGACAUUACGAGCUAUACAUGUGUAUAUAUCAGACUUUUAAAUAAUAAACACCAUGAACACAUGCA